CACCUUAGUAACCCGUAUAGCUUGAAAACAAACGAGCCGACUAUACUUUUUAAUGUCAACACAUUUUACUAUUACUACGCAUUAGUUAAACUUGAUUUCAAGAAUUCAAUUUAUUUAUUCAAAGUUAUAAUUAUUAUAAAUGUUAUGUUUAUUUAAAUUAUGAAUUUUCGAAUGAACCUGUAAGUUAAUGUUCUGUAUCCUAGACCUAAACUAAGUCUAAGACUAAGAAAAAAGCAGGUGAGACAUGUUUAAACACGAAUUUCGAAUAUUUGUUAAUUACUAAUUAACUAAUUAAUUUACAUCCUUAAAUAAUGAAUUAAAUUUAAAUAGCUAAUGAGUAUGAUUGUGACAGCCUAUGCCGGGGCUAGAAAAACUAAAUUGUGGAUAGUUCCUUCACUAGCUGCUAGCAUACAAAUUUAGGCCUAUUGCCUAACCGGCUAUCUGCUGCCUUCAGAAUAUUCUGAUUCAUAUUAUAAUUAGCUAGUGGUAAAGCUAUUACUAUCUAUCUAGGCCUAGAGUCUAGUAAUCAUAAAAUUAAGUAGUAAUGUAGGCCAGCUACAAGUUACUUGCAGAAGAAGCCUUGUGCAGCCUAGCCAUGUGGCAGCUAUGUCAGUCAUGUCUUAAUCUUAUACACUCUUUCUCUUACAAAAUAACUUUCAUCAUAACUUAAAUAAUUACAGUCUGAAAUCAUAUUCAUAUAUUAUUAUGACUCAUUCUCAGUAAAUGAUAAGUCAAAUGAUACAAUAAAAUACUGUUUAUUACUGGUGAUAUGGGUCUACUAGGCCCUGUCUUACAUUUUACAUGGCAUCACUUGGCCUGAAAUCAGCCUGAAUUAAACAAUGUCAUUGUAGGCUUUAUUAAUUAGUUUAUUAUUAUGAACACUGCUAGUGUACUGUAUUUGAGGCCUACACUGCUAGACUAGGCCUACUAGGGUUUUGUUAGGCUAGAGUAGGAGUCUGCAACCUUUUUCAAGCAAGGAUCCACUUUAAUUAAUUUCAAUUAUAUAUAAUAAAUAAUAUAUCUGCUAAGAAAAUAUUUUAAAUAUACCUAAGAUGCCAUAAUAUGUGCCAUGCCAUUAUAUAUAUGUGGAUAAUUUUAAAAAAAGAGCUGCAUCUAUCCCUCUAACGACCUGGAUGCUGCCGUGGAGCCUAAAUAGUCAAUUCAAUUUAUGUAGUUAAAUAGUGAUACAUACAUCAUGCCAACCUGCAGGACAAGUUUUUUUUUUUUUUAUUUAAAUUUUAUAACAUAAAAAAGUGUAAAGAAAAAAUGAAAAGUAUAAUUAAUAAAAUUUUCAUUUAAAUUCAUCAAAUGUUUUGAAUGCAUGCAAAGUUUGCCUUCUUGAUAAUUUCUGGGUUAGCUUGAAACCCAAACAACAAGUGUCAUUGUUAAUUUGUACUGUAAAAUAGAUGGGAAUUUAUAUUUAGAUGGUCUACUGUUCCUAAACUUUGGGCCAAAUGUCAUUUUGGACCAAUAAGAUUUAAGCUUCUUUUUGACUGACUUUUAAUUUAUUUUGUCACCAUUUUUUAAUCUAUGGUAAAAAGUAUCACUCUCACUGCAAAAUUACGAAAGUCGUUGUUAAUAUUUGAAUAUUUAUUAUUAUAUGGAAGAAAAGAUAAAAGCUAAUUAUUGUAACUGGCAUAUUCCACUGAUGGGAAUUGUUUGUAAGAAGGGGAAAGGAAGUGCUUGAUCUUUGGGAAUAGUCAUUAAACUUAAUUAAAGAGAGACCUAGGAUUGGGCCAUGGACAUCAUAAAGUUAUCUUAGAGUGCAUUGUGCUUUGCACUGUCACUUUGUUAAAAAAAAAUGUUUCAUAUAUUCAUUAAAUCACUUUGAUACUUUUUAAAAUAUCCACAGAAAAAUGUUUUUUUAUAUAUACAAAAGAUUGCUUCUUUUUCAUCUAAUUACAUAUAUCAUUUUUUCCCAAUUCAUGCUUUAAUUAUAUAAAACAUUCUUUUUUUUUUCUUCUUGCAUUGAAAUUGAUAUUUAAAAAGCAAACAAUGGUUUACAAGAAGUCAGAAUAUCAAAACCGUUACAAAGCAUCUGUUAUUAAGAAGUAUCAGGAUGUCUACUUGGAGAACUUGACUCUGCGGAAUGAGCGUAGGGACAGAGAAUUUAUGCAUACACCACUAUUCUGGGAAGACCCUGUUGAAGAGGAGUGUGGCAACUCAUCUGAUAGCAAUGAUGAAGCCUCUAAAAUAUUAUCUAAACAAUACAGACCCUCAGAGCCAGAAGAGCAGUACCAUUCAAUGGCUGAGAUUCUCUCUGAUUCCAAAGUAAAAUCUGAAGCCUUUAGAAAGAAGAAACGAGAAGGAUCUGAGAAUCCCUUAAUCAUACCAGAUUUUGCUAAAAUAUCUUUAGAAAGCGACCCUCUGAAUUUAAACUCAGACAACAAGGAAAGGUCAGAAAAAAAAUCAGCUGUGGUAUUGGACAAAGCUAGGGAUGAUAAAGAUGUGUUAAAGAGAGUCAUGGAUCAUCCGUUUACAGAUGAAGAAGCAGAGCGCUCUUUAAGUAAAGAGAUUGAAACUUAUGAAAAUACACACCUUGAGAACAUGCGUAAUUCACAGUUCAACUUAAGGAACAAAACAUACUCUAAAAAGAAGAGAAAUUUGUUACUUAACAGUAGAGAGCAACUUUCUGUUGACAAAAAUGGGAAACCCAAAUCCUUUGUUAGAGGUAUGCAGUUUGUUUUAUUUUGUUUUUAAAACUUUUGAUUGCACCGUUAUGAGAAAAAAAUAUUUUUACUGAUAAAGUUUACUUAAACUUAAAGCUGUGUUACCACACUGUUCAUCUGAAAAUUCUUAUAGAAUAGUUUCCAGUCACAAUAUUGUUAGGGAUACUUCCAAGAAGGAUAUAAUUAAAUUUCAAUUUAUUUUUUUAACAUGACCAAAUGACCAUUUUACAAAAUUAAUACCCGGUAACUCAGUUUACCUUUGUAUUUCUCUUCAGGCCAAGCCAGUAGCAGUCAGCAUGAUGUUCAUGUUCCACGACUUUUAAAUAUUGAUUCUGAUCAUCUGGCAGACUCAAGUAAACCCAAAAGAAAUCACCCAUCUUCCAGACCACCCUCUUGUGUCAAGCCACCUUUUGCUUCUUAUGGUAUUGGUGAUAGGGAAGAAAGUCUCUCAAAUCACAGGACAUAUAAUGUUCGAUCUCUGACAGAUGUGAGUGGUGAUAUCAUUAUUUCUUAUUAUAGUGUUAAGUUUUGAGAAAAAUUUUAAUCAUAUUUCAGGAAGUAAAAUCUUUUACUGACAUUGCUAUGGUAACUAUAACAAAAAAUUGGAAAUAAAAUAAAUUGAAAAAAGGGGUCCUUUCUACUUUCUAUAACAAAUAUGCCUUUGAUACCAAUUAAUACAUUUUAUACCACUAAUGACUUAAUGCCUUUGAUACCAAUUAAUACAUUCUAUACCAAAUAAUGCCUUUGAUACCAAUACUAUCUAGUUCAAUAAAUGUCCACACAAAAAGUACAUUGAAGAUGAGUUGUUUCUUAAAUCUGAGAAGAAACAGCUUUUAAAUAUUCAAAGUCUUGAGAACACUAUAUUUUAACACUGGUAAAUAGUGAACAUAUUUGGUUAUGAUAUACGGAUAAUAAAAAGUGAUACUUGAGAUCAUUUGGUUAGAGAACCAAAAUUUAUAGCAGGGGAGGGCAACUUAUGGCCCGCUGAAAUGUUUAAACGCAAGACCUUCAAUGAACUGGAUUUACAAUUUUUGUAAAAUGUACAACUCAUGAAUGAUUAGCUUUGAAAAUUAAUCUUCACUGUCUCGGUUAGUCAAACUAUACCGAUAAUAAUCAUCAGAGUAAACUUAAAAAUUCUACAACAGCUUACCUUCAAACUUAUUUUCAAUUUAUGGUAUAGAAAUAGAACUCCAGAUUCCUAAAAAAUUAUCAUUCGAUCCACCAAAAAAUAAUAAUAAUUUCCAUGCAGCCCUCUGCACAAUAGGUUGCCCACCCCUGACUUACACACCAAGACAUACAGAGGACGAAUGGCAAUAACGUGAUUAAAAUUUUUCCAUCUUAAUUAGGUUUACCCUACAGCUGUAAAAGCUAAGACCCGCAGAGAUCUGUAUCAAAAGAAGCAAAAAGAAAAAGUCAUCAGUGCUCACACUGCUGAGGCUCUGCUGCAUAGACUGACCUCAUCUGCUCCUCGGGACAUGGCUGACUGGCAAUCAGAAUACACAAAACAGUUCCAUGGUUAUGAACCCAAGGAAUAUGAAAGAGCUAUUUCUGCUCGUGCUGUGAUACCGAGAUCGACCCCAAUACCUGGUGUUCAUAGGGGCGGCUGUUUGGUAGUGCAUGUGAAUUAAUUAUUUUUUUUUUACACUACAGUGAAAUAUGUGUCCAACAUUUACAUAAGUUGAAAGCUAAGAACAAAUUUAUGUAUAUUUUAUUAAAAGGUAUUAGUGUACAGCCAUUAACAUAAGCAUGUAUAUAACUUUUUUUUUCAUUCUUUCUAUUCAUUUUUCACUAUGUUCAAAUGAAAAGUGAAAUAAAUUUUUAAACCAUUUUUUAUUUAUUGAAUGAAAAAUAUAAAUAGUAAUGAUUUUUGUAUUUUAAUGACAUUUUGCCCUUUAUUGCAGCUAACUUCCAGUUCCACAAUAUCUAGUGACAAAUUCACAUUUAUCAAUGUGCACUACCGCUUGAUUUUAAAUUUUAAAAAAAUAGACAGUUUAUUGACUAAAUGUAACAGUUAAGACACAAUGAAACUAGGUCGACAGUAAAAACAUUUUAAGUAAUUCCAGGAAAUAUUGUUAAAAGUCCUGCUAGGGUUUAUAAUUAUAUAAUUAUUUAAUGGGAAAAGAAUCAAAUGAAAAUGCCAAGCAGCGUCAGUGGAUCAGUUUUACUGCCACAAUAGAUCAGUUGUAUUGCCACAGCUGUUUAAUGUUCAUUGUUCAAAGCCAGGCCUGCAUAACUCAAAAUGUAAGGCGGGCCAUCAUAAUUUAUGAAAAACUUGUGCGGGCCGAAAGAAAAUGAAGCUAUUAAGAAAAUAAUAAUAAUAAAGAAUAUCUCAUUACUUUGCGGGCCGCAAAAUGGGUGCUGGCCGUAUGUUGUGCAGGCCUGUUUUAAGCAAUUAUCUUAAACACAUGUGAGACUGUUGAUAGUCAUUAUACAGAUUGAACAAGAAAGUAUCAAUCUAAGUGAGAUUGAAGUAUGUUCAGAUACUCUCUAAGAAUGGGAGGUGGAUGUCUUUUGUUUUGUUAGCAUUUAAGGUUCAUGUUAAUUUAAAUAGCUACUUCAUCUUAAAUUUUAACAUUGUUUCACUUUGAUAUUUCCUCAGCUCAUUUUUUUUUUAAAAUAAAGCUGCUGUAGUUAUAUAUAAAUCUGAUUCUAUUUAAUUGCCUACCUAUAAAACUGGGCAUAAAGUGAAACAAAGACCUGAAAAGACUAGCUAUACUGGAAAUGUCUCACGCCAUGCAAAUUAUGUAAAAUAUAUUUUUGAUUCUAUUUGUUGUCUGUUUUGUUUGAUUAUUGGAUAUAGUAUCUAAUCUAAAAUUUCAAACAAGGCCAGGGCAAGCCAAAGCCGUGUCAGGGCAAUGUCGGUGCACUCCUUUCCCCAAAAAUGUUUAAUUUAUACACAUUUUGCAUGAAAAAUUAUGAAUUUAGGGUGACCUGGUUGCAAACACCAGGAAACAUUGUUUCUACUUAACAUUAAGGGGAAUGGCUGAAUCAACCAAGAAAGGACUUUAAAGUUUCUAUUUAAAAAUUGAUAUAUCCAGCAAUGUUUUAAAUAUUUAACAAAACCCUACUCUGAUUUUUAAAAGAUGUAUUGUAGAAUUAUUCACUCGUGUAUUUUUCUUUCUAUAACCGAUUUAGAAGUUAUUCAUUUGUAAAAUAUUGUACACACACACAGGAUCUUUUUCCCCUACUAUUUGAAUUUAAAAUAUUAAUUAGCCUAUAUUUAUUUUUUUUAAUGGAAAAUAAACUUUGUCU